AACUCUGGUACUUAUGUUUUUCUGUCUUAUGAUUUCCUCUAUAUUUUUGUGUUAAACCUUAAUAAUCUGGUGUAAAACAAGAUGAUAAGGACUAUUUCGUGAGUUUAUAGUAAAUAUUUUCAUUAAGUAUACUUAAAUCUACGAAAAUGACGACUCCAGGUUCAUCGCAGUCUUCGGCUAACGUUCAAGAGUUUUCGAUCCGUGUUCCCAAGAAUGUCAGGAAGAAAUACCAUGUAAUGAGAUUCAAUGCAACUCUGAACGUAGACUUUGCAAAAUGGACGCACGUCAAAAUGGAACGAGAGAACAACAUUAAAGAAUUCAAAGGAGCUGACGAAGAAAUGCCCAAAUUUGGUGCUGGAUCUGAAUAUGGCCGUGAGAUAAGGGAGGAAGCUCGGCGCAAAAAGUUUGGCAUAGUGGCACGCAAGUACAAACCUGAGGACCAGCCGUGGAUCCUCAAAGUUGGAGGCAAGACUGGAAAAAAAUUUAAAGGAAUUCGUGAGGGUGGCGUAUCAGAGAAUGCUGCCUACUAUGUAUUCACGCACGCGGCAGAUGGUGCCAUCGAUGCUUAUCCACUGCAGGAAUGGUACAAUUUCCAACCCAUUCAACGGUACAAAGCUUUAUCUGCCGAGGAGGCGGAACAAGAGUUUGGCAGGCGCAACAAGGUUAUCAACUACUUUUCGCUGAUGUUCCGGAAGCGUAUGCGUGGCGAGGAUGGUGUUGAUGAUGGCGAGGACCCUGACGAGAAAACCAAAGGCAAAGCCAAGAAGGAUCUGAAGAUAUCAGAGAUGGACGAAUGGGCCGACUCCGACGACGACUCGAUGGAUUCGGAAAACGGCGAAAAGGACAACGACAGUGACUCCGGCGUAAAAAAGAAGAAGAAAGCUCCCCCUAAGAAGAAACGGAAAGUGGAGGAUGAGGCUUUUGAGGAGAGCGACGACGGCGACGAGGAGGGCAGGGAGAAGGACUACAUAUCCGACUCGUCUGACAGUGAUUCAGAUCACGAGGCCAAAGCGAAUAAAGAACUCAAAGGCGUCGCUGAAGAGGAUGCGCUCAGGAAACUGUUGACCUCCGAUGAGGACUCUGAAGAGGAGCAGGAGCAGAAGCAGGAGUCCGAGCAAGAGGACGAGCCCACCAAGGAGGGCGAGGAGCGCGCCAGCAAACUCACCAAGAAAAAGAAGAAGACUGACGAGAACAAAAAAAGAUUCGAGCAGCGAGCUCAGUUCGGACUCGGACACCGAUCCCGAGAGCGGCGGCACUAAGAAACCCAAGAAAUCUAAAAAUGCAAACUCUAGUGAAAAGAAUGCGCCUGUUCCAAGCACUUCAGGUAGAUUAUGUUUUGAAAUU